AUGAACGAUCCGUGGGAUGUAAAAUCAGUGAGACAAUCAAACCAGUACAUGUCUUGCAUGAAGAUUAAUGGGAUUCCACUUUUACCUCCUGUUCUAUCUAAAGAAUGUCGUAAAGAGAUGCAGUACUACAAGUUACUAGCAAAAGAGGUAGAAAAGCGAAUCCAAACCCUUAAACCAUUGGUUAUUGACAGUGAUACAGAAUCAAGUGAGGACAAGACUGAUGCACCUGAAAUUCCUGAAUCAGAACAGAGCUAUGUCCUUUCUAAUGAAAAUAUUCUACAUGACUACAAUUCCAAUAUUGAAAAAAUAAAUGUUGUGAAGGAAAAAUUUCUUGAGGAACCAACAGGCCAAAUUUGUUCUAGCAACACAUAUGAUAACCUUUCUUCCACACUCACAGCUGACACAGAUAGUAUCUCAUCGAAGCUAUCAUCAAAACUUGUAAUAGAUUUGAGUUUGAGUAUCAAUGAUACUGGUAGGAAUUUACUUGAUAGCGUCAACAGUUCUCAAAUCCUUACUGAUUUGCCAGAACGAGAUUGUGAGUGUCCCAAAAGAGAAUCUUUAAAUGCAGAUGAUAAUACCAUUAAGGAUGACAAACUAAGUUUCAGUCUCAGCAUAAAGAAAGAUGUCAUAGCAGACCCAAUGGCAACUAUUCAUUUCAGUCAAGACGGACCUAACUCGCUUAGUUCUAAAAGCUUUACAGGUUCCCUCAAUGAUAUUCAUACUGAGAGUAUUAAAGUAUCUCCAAUCCCAUUAACACGUCAACGGUCAUAUACAGUUUUGAAGCCAAGCCCCUUGCUACUUGCACAUUUACAAGUACAAUCUAUUAAUACAGGAAUGGAUGUGACAUCCAUUUCUAUGAGUGAAUCCAUGUCUAACAUAAGCUACUCAAAUAAAAAAAGAAGAAGCUGGGACCUAGAAUCGGCAAAGGAAAAAUGGUCGUCAAUGGCAUUAGAGUUAAAGAAAAAGAAUUUACCGAAAAAUAUUAAAAACGGUACAAGAAGUCCUAUUACGAAACCCACGACAAAAAAGAUAUCUCAAUCGAUACCACCUAGAGCGAAAUCUUUAGCAUUGGAGAAAGUUAAACGUAGCCCUCCUAAGCUAUCGACUAAAUCUGAUCCAAUAUACAAAACUAAGAAAACUUCAAGUCCUUCACCAAAUCCCAUACCAAAUACAACGAAAACUCCAGUUGUACCAAUAACCAAUGCAAAGAAAGAAAUCGAUACGACAAAAAAACCAAUCUCCGAGUCCGAUGACCCGGCGACACGCGUUCGAGAACUAUACGAGAAGAUCCAAAAGCAGCAACUGAUUCAAAUGGCGAAUCUAGUUGAAAAACAAAAGAAAGAGCAAAUGCUUCUCCAACAAGUUUUCGAAGAACAGAAUAAUUUGCUCUUCACUCAACUGAAAACUAUAUGUCCGAAAUCGCCAAAUGAAGUUAAGGAAGCUUGGAACGAUAAAAACAAAGAGACCGACCGAGGGCCAGUGAGUUUGAGCCAGUUGAUGAACCAUAAGCCACCAGACAAUAGUCGCGAGAGUCCUGUACUUUCUACAUUGACUGAGACAAAUAAUUAUAUUAACUAUUGCGACAAUGUUUUGAAAAAGUCUAGAGACAUCACAGGAAGUAUGAAGAAACAAGGAAAUAAGACUGUUCCAGAAAACGACAAGUGUCAAAAACCAACCGAUGGCAGCAGAACUCGAACCCACUCUCCUGUACGCAAGAACACACCUACGGCCAGAAAACUUGUGUACGAAACUAGUGCAUCUUCUGACCGUGACUACGACCCGAUUUUGACCGAUCGAACGAACGAUACGAUGGCAGAUUUGAACGUCACUUUCCCGUCAGAUGAGGAGUGUCAGCCAUAUUUACAUAACACAGUCAUAAUGUGUGGACUGGCGGAAAGUCCCGCGCCUGUCUCCGUAGCAUGUCGGUCUACAGAUAAUAGUUUUAAAAAUAUACCAAAUUCCAUAAAUAAUAUAUGUUUGCGGCCGAGGUCUAACCUCUUCAGAACACCAACCCCUCAAGAGCGAGCAGCGGCAACGAAAAUAGUCGCUUAUGCCAAAGGUUUUCUCGUCCGUCGCCUCAUGAAAACGGAGCGGGUUCAAGUGACAGUACAAACGAUAAAGGACGCGUUACUUUGCGCCCUUCAACUGCACCAGGACCGCGAGGGGAUUCGCGGGGCAGAUGUAGACUUACAUCGACGUUUGAUACAGCAGAUAACAGCAGCGUGCUACUCGCUCCAUGACACGUUCGUGGCGAGCAGUGCUGCGGAGCGGUGCGCGCUGCUCGCGGCAGACCGCAGCCGCCGGCGCUCGCUCGCCGCACGCCUCUCCCCGCUCCCAGCACACUUGACGCAUACACACUACCGGCCUACGGAUCUCAUGUCGCAAAGCCACAGCGGCGUGUUCCCUGCGCGCUCGAAGCGCCCUCCGCCCUCGCUCAUGACUCAGUCUAAUUAUGAGACAUUUAGUAAGGAUAAGAUGAUGCGCCGCUAUAUGCCGAGCCCGCGGCGCCGUCCGUGGCGC